AUGCAGAACGAGUGGUUAGACAUAGGAGAUUUUUGCAUCCCAUUAGCAUUAAAAUGGCGCACUUUAAUUUAUGAUUGGUCGCCAGCAUUGCUAAAAUUCUAUCUCAAUGCGUUCCAGAUGACUCUCCCAGAUCAGAGUAAUUUAGUAAGAUGGGGUAAAAGUACCGAAAAAACUUGCUAUAUCUGUGGAAAGGCAGUUGGAACUGCUAAGCAUCUGCUGGUGGGAUGUAAGGUACUCCUGGACAGCGGUCAAUACUCGCGUCGUCACGAUAGGGUUCUAGAAGUCAUACGUGAAGCGGUUAGUCUUUCGGUAGCCAGAGCGCAAAAGCAAAUAACCACAAACGAACGAUCCGUAGGUUUUGUGAGAGAAGGCACUAGGGCUACAAAAUCAAACGUCAAGCCUUACUCCAUCCUUAAAGCGGCGUCGGAUUGGACUGUAAUGAUGGACACGUAUGAAAAACAAUACAAAAUCCCCGAGGAUAUUUGUGCGUCGGCCUCCAGACCGGAUAUAUUUUUGUUUUCGCGAAUUUUAAAGCGCGUAGUGAUGAUAGAGCUUACGGUCCCUUGGGAAACCAACAUCCCCAAAGGCCAUACCAUCAAGGUCAACAAAUAUUACGAGCUCACAAACGAACUCACUCGAAAUAGGUUCGUAGUAGAUUUGUACGCGGUAGAGGUGGGAGCGAGAGGUAUAACAGCGAAAUCUCUCUACAACCUACUAAAGGACUUGGGCUUGUCCAGAACUCACAUUAAUGCAUUCUUGGAACGUAUAUCGAAGGCAGCCCUAGUAGGUUCUUUUCAAAUUUGGUUAGGUAGGGAGAGGAGCUUGGACAGUGGAGGUGAGCGUAUAACGCGCGUUAAGUAA